GACUAUUUGGCAGUGCCUAGCAUGUGCAUGUGCCAUCAGCACUGCUAACCUGAUUUCCCGUAUCAAGAUCAAGCUAGCUACCGACUCCGAACCCUCUACGAGUUCGCUAAUGAAUUAGGUCCCGCCACGACUACUGACACUUCAAGAUCUUGUCAGGCUUUGUUAGCGCCAUGGCCUUCAGCCUCAAAAACUACCUCUUAUAUUCCCCAUAUUUUUGUUUCUGCAUACCGGUGCGAUUUGGAUUCGUGCUGUUGACUUGUCUGUCCUUCCUAUUUUCGGGUUUGCUAUCUGUUUUGGUGUGGUUUGAACUGUCUCAUUCUUCGCUGACUGGCAAGGAGAAAUAUUCCUUUUGGGCUGUGGGUAUUGUAGAAACUAUAUUGCUUGCUGUUUCCAUCAUUGGGUUCAUUGGCGCAGUUGCACGCAAGCAACGAUUUGUCGGGAUCUAUGCAUACUUUGUCUACAUCCAUCUUCUUAUCAAUCUCAUCGUUGGCAUCUAUUUCCUCGUCACCAUCCGCCAGAGCAACCGACAACAGAUAGUUAGCGAAUGCUAUGUUGUGUUCGCCAACAAUCCAUCUGAAUCCAACUGUCGGAACCUCAUGAAUGUCUCAACAUACGUUUUCAUCGCUGUGGUAUCAUCUGUGUUGCUUCUUGAAUUAUACGGUGCUCUCAUUGCUACUAGAUAUCUAAACACACUCACAAAGCAGAAGAAGGUCGAGCACAGUCGCAGAUUGGGAUUAUACCAUGCAGUUGCCAGAAUCCCUCGUAGUCGUCCUCGCGAUCCAGGCAGCGUGUCUGAUGACGUAGAAUUGCUUCAUCCUCGAGACGGUUCUGCCACCACUUUUUCGUCGCUUGGAGGUCCGUAUGAUUAUGGUGACGACAUUCUCGACAUAACGCAUCCACCUACAAGCUACGAGCCUGUCCCAACACAUCACCCCGAUAUGCUUUCCCAUAAUCAACAGCCAUCACAGUCGUCAAGCACUCCUGCCCAUCGUCAACUGCCAUCUCACUCAAGCGCAUCCCCUUCAUCUAGUACUUCUUCACCUUCACGAAGCUUCCGUGCACUCCCCCCUCGACCCUCGAGUGGUGUAGUCACUGAAAUUUCAGUGACACGUAUAUCACCACAAAUAUCGGAUCGAGCGCCACGUACUACGACAACCUCUGACCCCCCGUCGAGCUUCUCGUACGAGAGCUGUGAUUCAUCAACACAUCCAAAUGGUGACGUUGAUCGACGAUCAACGUAUUCUGUUUCCACAAGUGCACAUGCAGCAUUAAUGGAACAUGCUUCAUUUAUGUGGCCAAGAUUCCCUCUAGUCCCAGAGUUGCCACCACCAUAUCGUCAGUCUGGGAGAUAGCAUGGACUCGAUGGAAUAAUUCCUCGAUCUACUUGAACUUUUAUUAUUAAUGUUUUUAUCGCUACGACACACUGUAGUUUUACCCUGUUACAUUUCGAUGGACUCCUUAGGUCAAGGCAUAUUUAUUUACUUAUCUAUAAUGGACAGCGAUCUAGCUAGUACUUGUUGGUCCGACAAGUGAGUCAACA